UCCAAAAGAAAAAGGAUGGACUUACCAUCCAUUUGUUUAACAGUUUUAAUGGAUGGCUUUCCCUUCCAAUUAGAAGAUAUAUGUUUGAUGGAUAAACCAUCCAUUUUUUUUCCCUCUGUGCUUGAAAAUAGUAGUAUACAUCUUACACAAAUUCAGCAGUUAGAAAUGAAUACAGAGAGGAUCAUCAAGAUUGAAUGGUCAAUAAAAGGAUACCAUGCUUUUCGGAUAAAGCCUCACUCACAAAUUGAGUUAGAUGUGUUGCCCGAGGAAGGAAAUCCUUUCAGCCAAUAUGCAACAAAGGUAGUAAUGCCACUGCUUCAAGAGAUUUCUCCAGAUCUUCACAAUGUUUCAACCGACAUGAGAGAAGAAAACCACCAAAGGGGACAGCUUAUGAAAGAUAUUGCAGGAAAACAAGUGGGGAGAGUUCCUGCAAAUCUUUGCACAGCUUUCAGAAAUAUGAUUUCUCGGAACACUAUCAGAUGCAUUAAGUGUAAAGUCACAGGACCACCAAGACUCUCAGCAAAUCCACCAUCAAACCAACGAUACCGGUCAAACAAUAGAGGUCAUGACAGACCAGGUGGGGGAGCAGACAUUCCUUGUUCUUAUUAUUUGCAUAUACGUGACCGGAUGUUUGCAGAUACAAUGCAUAUUCUUGAAGACUGUGUACCUCUUAGGGAACUUGAUGAAAGAGUACACGCAUGAACAUCAUGUAAACAAAUUUAUUGAUAUCAAUUCAUACAGCAAGUUCAAAACAACAAGCAUUUGUAUUCUUAAUCAUGUAUGAUACACAACAUAUUAUGUAAUCAUGUUAGAUAUGUAAUAUUUUUUUAAUAUGUAUAUAAAAAUACAACAAUAUGAAGAAAACAUACCCCCACUGUAAGGAUCACCAAACUUUUAUAGAAUUUGAUAAUAAUCCAAAAAUAAUCAGAGCAUGAAAAUUAAACUUGGUAAAAAUGGAAGAGACUACUGCAGCAUUCAUUUAUAAUUCUUUAUUUCUCGAAUGUCUAGUUGCAUUGUUUUUACAUAGAAUGUCUUCUUAACUUGUAAAUAGACAUUUGUUGCUCUCCUUAAAAUUUAUAUAUAUACAUAUCAUUAAAUCAAAUCAAUACAGUUUUACAUUCCCAAACACAAUCAUAAUACAUGUACUGGUGCGUGGAUCCUUAAAUUAACAUGUUUAUUUUCUUUUCUUAACACUUUAAAUACUGUAUGAAAAGCAGGGUGAAAACAAAACAAGUACAUGAUGAAUAUUAACAGUAGUAAACAUUGUGAUUAAGUACAACAUAUGAAUAUUAGGAUAAUCCCAAAGUAAGAAUUGGGUGGAGCAUAUAGAAAAUAAAUUUAUCAAAAAUAUUGUACACACAGUAA